CGCUUUGCUUGCUUUUCUGACAGUAGUAUUAGAUAGGAAAAGGACGACUGUUGAACAUUAUUUUAAUCUUUGUUAAUAAGUAACUGAUUUUGAUCCCACGAUGGACGAUUUACAGAAUUAUAAACUGCAGCUUCAACAGGUAGAAGCUGCACUUACUACGGAUCCUAGUAAUGAAGAACUUCUUAAACUAAAAAUUGAUCUUGAAGAAGUAAUAGAGUUGACACAUGAUUUAAUUAAAUCACAACAACAAGAAAAAAGGCAAGCCAAUGGUAUGGAUGCUAAAGAUCCUAUUUUACUUGCAGUUUUGGCUAAUAAGUGGAAGGUUGGUGAUCAGUGCAUGGCACCUUGGAGUGAAGAUGGCAAAUAUUAUGAGGCAACCAUAGAUGCAAUAAGUGAAGAUGGUGUUGUUAAUAUAACUUUUAAUGAAUAUAAAAAUACAGAUGUCACUAUGCUUAGUCAGUUAAAGUCUGUAGCUAAAAGGCCAGCAUCAGAUUGGGCAGAUCAAAAAUCAAAGAAAAGAAAAAUGCAAGCCGCUGCAGUAGCAGGCUCAGAUCCUAAUAAACAAAGGGAAUAUUUAAAGAAAAAGAAACAAAGAAAACUCCAACGAUUUAAAGAACUUGAAGAGGAACGUGAAAUGGAAAAAAAUAAAUGGCUAGCAUUUACAAAUAAGUCUUCAAAAAAAGGUGUAAUUAAAAAAAGUAUAUUUGCAACGCCAGAAAAUGUGAAUGGUCGAGUCGGAAUUGGUACUUGUGGCGUAAGCGGUCGAGAAAUGACUAAAUUUAGUAAUGGUGAAAAAUGGAGAAGAGGAGCAUGAAUGCUAUUGUAAAUAUGAAAUUUAAUAUUUCGUGAGAUAGAACUAUCGAUUAUUGUUAUUAUUACACUGAAUUCAGUUUUGAAAAAGCUGAACAUGUAUGUUUUGUGUUGCAAGAAUGUUUCUGAAUAUAUGAAUGAAGUGUGUUUAGCGGUAUUCAUAGAUUGUACGUAGGUAUUAUCUUAUGAAUGAACAAUGACCUCAAGUAUCUGGAAGGUAUUUGGAUUUUCUACCUUUAUGAAAUGAAUGAUUGACGUGAAUGAGUGUAUUUCUAGAUCAAUACAUUUAUGUGGAUAUGAUUUGUUUAUAAUCUGUAAUGAAUAUGAAUAAAUGUAUAUUUUAAAGUCAGAUAAUGAAA